UGACCCCAAGGUAUUUCCCGGAUCCCAUGAGUGAAAUGAGUGGGAUGUGGUGAAGUAGAGAGACUUUUUGUGGUUGGGUUAGCCCAUGAUGAUGAGAUAAGCUAGUGUAAACUACAAUCAAAGGAGUUUCUAUCAAGCCAAGUACACUGACCCUCUGACUAUUAGAAGAAGGUCUCUACUUCUCUGAGUGGCAGUUCGAGUAAAUCAGUAAUCACACCAGUUCUAUGUGAAGAAUUGAUUGAUUGAUUCUCAUACCGGUAACAAAGCUAUGCAGUGCUACCCUACAAUGAUCAGAGGGGCCCUCUGUGUCUGCCUACUGACCCUAUGGACACCCCUUCAAGGUACAGCUGGUGUCUUAUCAGAGCUCUACUUCUCCAACAACAAUGACAUCAUGCGACUGACGAAUGGCUCCUCCACUGUGGUUAUCCCUGGCUUGAAACUAGUAGACACUAUUGAAUGCAACAUCUGUGACCGUAUGAUCUAUUGGGUGGACCAGAACCCACCUGUUGCCAUCCGUCGAGCCCUCCCCGGCAACGCCUCCUCUGUGGAGACGAUCCUGGAUAGGGACCUGGACCAUCCCAAGGGGCUGGCCGUUGACUGGGUUGGAAACAAUAUCUACUUCUCUCACGGCAACCGUAUUGAGGUAGCCACCUGUGACGGUCAACAUCGCAGGGUUCUCAAGGUGAUAGAAGAUGCAGAUGUUGGCCCAAUUGCCAUUGACCUCACUACCGGGUACCUCUACUAUGUGGCUGACAUGUUCCUUGUUCAUCGUAUGAUGUUGAAUGGCAGCUCUGACGACGGGUUUAUGCAAGUAGUAGAUUCACCAGAGAUUGUUGGCAUGGAGAUAGAUGUUGUUAAUCAGGUCCUCUACUGGACCAACAAGGGCGACAGCACACCCUCCCACGCUAUCAAGAGACUCGACCUCACUACAGCUGUGCGACAGGUGGAUACGAUUGUUACUCAAAGUAUUGCUUACAAGCUGGUUAUCCAUGGCAACACUCUGUACUGGACUGAGUUGAACCAGGUUGACCACACCACCUCAGAGAUCGACCGACCAGGGGCCCUCUAUUCCAUGGAACUCGGGUCAGGUGAUAUGGAGGAGGAGGUGCUCCUACGCAACUAUACACUGAGCCCUCAGGAUCUCUGCUAUUUCUUUGAAAUGAGCAUGUCCGAGAAUAGCUGUGCUGUUAACAAUGGUGGCUGUGACGUGCUCUGUCUGACAGUGCCCUCCAUCGGGGAUGGGACUGAGCCGCAGUGUGCCUGUCCUACUGGCAUCCUGUUCUCCCCCGAUGGCGAUACUUGCCUCCCCUACCCAAACGAGUUUCUACUGUUCACUCAACGCCACGAUUCCGAUGCUAGUAGCGAAGUCAGCCACACUGACGUGAGACUCAUCUCUCUGGAUGCUCCGCCAUUCUUUGUGGACACACCCACCUCUGUGACAGUGCCCAAUGCAUCAGCACGGUUCAUUGCCUAUGAUGUCGUAACAUUAUUUGUGUACUGGAGCCAGAUGGACCCCCCACAGAUUCGUCGAGCCCCAGUGCAUGGUACGGAGGGGGAGGAAGAGGUGGUGAUCCAGACGAGCAUCUCCCUCCCAGAGUCUCUUGCCAUUGACGCAUACGCCAUGAACCUCUACUGGGUCGAUUCUGCCCUCGACAAGAUCGAGGUGGUGGGAAUUGGUGAGACCAACAGAUAUCGAAAGGUGCUUGUGCAAACAGGGAGGAAGCCUCAGGGGCUGGCACUUGACCUACUCAACAGGUUCAUGUACUGGACUGACCUUGACAAGAGUGCUCCGAGGGUGGAGCGUUGCCAUAUGGACGGCACAAAUUGCACUCAAAUACUCACUCACCUUCCCCCCAACACUAUCCGUGAGCCUGCCACCAUCACAGUGGACCCUCUCUCCAGCUGGGUGUACUUUGCUGAGACACAGAAUGACAAAGUGUUCCGCUACAACGGUCUCACAGGAGAGCACACAGACGAACAACUGCGUGACCCAGAAUCUGGAAUCGCACCCAAUGAUGUGGCAGGGCUGGCGGUACAUGGUAACUACCUCUAUUGGACAGAUCGUAGUGGCACUGGGGCAUCUAUGGCGAGGGUUGACAAGGUCGAAUUUACUGCCUCUGAGACUGUACACAACUCAGGGGGUCUCCACGGUCUGCUGGCUGUCGAUCACAGUGCAAGUGCACCUUCCCCUAUGUGCUCGCUGUGUGACCAACUGUGUCUGUCCCCCUCGUGUGCAUGUGCAGACCACUUCAUAUUGGACACCUCCACUCAAGGAAGUUGUAUGGAGCCACCAGCCACUCUGUUGAUGGGUAGCACUCUCCUGGGGGUCUUCCAGUUUACAGAGAACAGGGCUGGCGUCAGCUGGAAUGGGAACAAUGAACCAAUUCUCAAUAUUAAUGUGGACCAUAUGGAUGUUGACUUUAGUACUGACACUCUCUUCUGGGUCAGCAAGGACGACAAGCUGGUGUAUCGUAACUCACUGAACAACACUUCUCUCCCGGCUGAGCGUGUAGUGCACUGCUGUGUGGGGGAGAUUAGCGAUCUGGCUGUUGACUGGUUUGGCCGCAACCUCUACUGGGUGGACUCUGCUCGUCAUGUGAUUGAGGUAGCCCAACUUGAUGGUCGUCACAGGAUUGUGCUGUACAAUGUCCCCCCUAGCCUGGGGACACUCAACAUCAUCACACUGGAUCCCCUCAGGGGCAAUCUAUAUUGGUCUCCUGAUUCUGGAGCAAAGAUCUAUCGCUGGAGAAUGGACGGGAGCAGCACAAUGUCCGAUGUGUUCUGGGAGUCACCUGACUAUACUGAGGUGUUUGGAUUGGCUCUCAACUACACAGCUAAUGCAGGAAUCAGCGACCAGCUUUACUUUGGAGUGUACAGCAAUGACCCUCCGGAGUGGUUGGUGUACAGUCAGGAAGUGGAUGAUGAGGACAACCAAUCGCUACUGGGUCAGUUUAACUCAGCUGUCAAGGACCUCAGCACUUACAAAGGGGACUCGUACGUCAUACAAGGAGACACUCUACCCACUGUGGUGAAGGUACAGCACGAUGACUCCAAUAACAACCACAACGAAGUUGCCAUAUCAAUUGCCCUGUUUAACCAGCCACUCUCCACCCUCUCAUUGGCAAUCAGCCAUCACUCGCUGCAACCAGGUCUCCAUGAGUGCAGUGUGGACAACAAGGGCUGUGGUGGGGGAGCAGUGUGUCUGGUGGAGACCGGGGUGAGGGGGACCUGUGUCUGCCCACCUCUAGAGGCCAGUGUAAUUGAAACAGACAGCAAUGGCAUCGACCACAUCACCUGUGCUGCUGACGACACUUUUGUGUUGCUGGCCACUGAGGAUGGUGUGUACGUCCUACCAUACGUGUCCCCCUCCAUUGAGAAGAGCUCCAGUAAGGUACAGCCCCUCCCCCUUCCUCCGGUGGGGUCUAUUCAGAGUAUGACCUAUGACCCCAUCAAUAAAAGCGUCCUGUUUACUGAUGACACCUCACAGCUGCACAGUGUGUCAAUGGACAGUUCUUCUGACUACUCGUAUUCGUUAGUCAAUGACUCCGCCCCCUAUUCCCUGGCAUACGAUUGGAGAGGUGGCCACGUCUUCACUACAACAAGCCCUGGCUUCCAAAUAGAGCUCACCACCAUCAACGGAGAGGGGGUGGGCUCCGUACUGGAAUUCCAGGCGACAGAAAAGCGCUAUGUGCUUAACAUACUGGGAGAGCUACUCUUUGACACUGACAGACAGCGAUUGUAUUGGACGUAUGUGGCUCACAACAAAGAACUAGGCAUGGUUGCAGGGGCAGAGCUUCGUUACAUGGACAUGUCUGACAGCACCAGUACUGAGCGCUCUGUUGACCUCGGAGGACGAAGUAUCAGGAACAUUACUCUUGAGCCAGAGAGUGGCUCCAUCUACUGGGUCAGCAUUGUCAACACUCGCUUUGUCAUCAUUGAGAGAUUCUUCCCUAAUAAUGGGACUAUCGUAUCCGUCCAUUCGGCAGCACCAGCUAGUGUGACGGGAUUAGCUGUUACCAUGGUGAACGGGCAGCUGCUCUUAUUCUGGUACGAUAGUGUAGAGGAGGCCAUCUUCCUGCACAAUGGUAGUAAGGCAGUCAUCUAUAGAGGGUGGAGUUCUGGGGGUGCCAGGAUAGUGGGCAUGCUCGCACAUACAACCAUGCCGGUUCCGGUAAAUCUUCCCUGCCUGGUUGCAGAGAGGCCGUGCAGUCACUACUGUUUGUCUGACUCCCACACCUCAGCUCUCCAGUGUUCCUGUCCCUCCAAUACCCAGCUGGAGAACGGCGUCACAUGCUCUGAUGUCCCAUGUGGUAACUCGCUGUGGUCGUGUGGAGGGGACUCCCCAGAAUGCUACCCACGGACCUACUUGUGUGAUGACAUUCCUCAUUGUCGGAAUGGGGCCGAUGAAACAUGUAACUGUAGUCAGAGUGACUUCGGUUGCUAUCUCUCUGACACUGGUGACGAGUGUGUGGCCAUGGAGCUCAAAUGUGAUGGUAUCCGCCACUGCUCCAAUGGUGAGGACGAGAUGGAUUGCUGUGAAACCAAUCAGUUUGGCUGCUACGUAGAGGACGAUACCUACAAACCUCUGGGGGGUGGGUCGGUGAUCCGCUACCACUGUCUCUAUAACUCCUCUCGUUGUGAUGGCAUGGUGGACUGUCUGAACCAAACCAUCGAUGAACCUCUAGAUUGUCCUACCACUAUGACUCCUGAACCUAUAACCACGCCUACUUCAAUUGCCACCCUUCUGAGCACGCCCAUCAUUAUCACCAGUGUGGUUAUCUCGUUCUUUAUAGCCGUGAUCGGUCUCUUCUUCUGUUGCUACUGUUGUCGUCAGUUUUACAAGAAGAAGCAAGCUGAGAUUACCAGUAGUCGAAUGUCUAGAGCCUUCAACUUUAACCUGGCUACAUACAAACAAGCUGAGUCCCCACAGCCUCGAGUGGAUAGUGUGUCCGACUACUACUCUGAUAUCUCUCGAAAUACCAACACUACUCAGAUUGGUAGUCACAUAUCCCACGGGAGUAUGUACAAGCAACAACAUCAGCCCAUGGCAACAGACCCUACCAACCCUCCACCCUCUCCGAUGACACUGGCCCACUCAUACAACGCACUCACUGAUAUUGAAGAUGACAUCUCCGUGUUCUCACAGACAAUGAGCGAGUAUCCUAUACCCCCCGUACCCAACCCAUCACUCAACUAUGACCUCGUCAGCGAUAAUUUGUCGUACUCCGUAAGUCAGAGUCAUUAUCCAGCGACGAUUAGUGGACGUGCCCCCAACCCGCUCCUGCUUGGACAGCAACCGAAUCACCCGUACUAUCACAACGGUGGGUAUCACUACCCCCAACAGCAGGUGGCCAACCAAUGGGCACCCAAGAGAGGUCAGGACCAACCCAACCAGGGGAAGCAAUAUCCCCCAUCCGACUACCAUCACUAUCCACCUUCACACCCACGCAAGGAACUUGACAGUCUCGCCAGAACAGAGACCGAGAGUACCAUCUCUAUGACAACCGUGAGUACAGAGAACCAAGAUGAGUACCUGUAUGAUGAGGAGGGUACAUGUAUGUCGUACGCUCCCCCGGGUCGUCCCCCGUCUCCCGUUACGGUGGUAUCCGACUACCACCCCCCUGCCCCACCCAUGUCACCUGACUCCACCCUCAGUGAGAUCUCAGACGAGGACUGCUCAGAGAGACAGCUUCAUCAAACAUAAACAUAAUUAUAUUUGUCUGUUGUAUAUGUUUGUCAAUUUGUAUAUACCUGCACAACUGUCCACCCACCUGAUCUGAGGUCAGGCUUAAUUUAUCGUUAGAAUUUCAUUAUCAAUCUUUAUAAUCUUAUAAUUAUGUUAUAUAAUUAUUAUACCAACAAAAUUAAUAUUAUCACA